GACGACGUUUCACGGUGGACUAGUGGGAUAUAUUAUCUAAAUUUAGCCAUUCACUACGACUGGAACACGGAUUCGAGUGCAAUACUCUGCGGAGAUUCGAUCGCGAUGGAGGAAAGUAAGUCUGGCUCCGCCAGCGACCACCUAAAGCAAGCAGACGAGCCAUCUUGCGCGGAACCCAAGGCUGCCAGUCAUGUGGAAGAUGCCAGCAAUGCGCCUGAUCCGGAUGAGGAUGACCUGGACGACUUGGAUGACAUGCUUGACGAAUUCGCGACCGUCAAGCUGAAUCCCAAGGUAGAUGCCCGGAAACCAUCUGCGACGGCCCCAGCUGCUGCCGCUUCUGCUUCUGCUGCCGCUUCUGCUUCUACUGGUCCAGUCGCAGGUGAUGCGGCGAUAAGUAAAGACGACUCCUUACCGGACUUGGAUGAUGAUUUCUCAGAAGAGGAGUUCCAAAAGCAACUACAGGCGGGCAUGGCGGAAUUAAUGGGCGACUUAGAGGGCUCGCCAGAUAUGCAAGCCCAAUUCGAGAACAUAUUCAAGGGGCUUGCGGCCGGGUCAGCAGCUGGCUCGAGUGACGAGCCAGCCUCGAUACCAAAAUCAGCUGAGGGCGUGGCCGAGGAGCUUAGUCAGGACGCCUCUUUCCAGGAGACCAUCAAGCGGACUAUGGCGAGGAUGCAGGCGUCGGGCGACCAGGCGACGGCUGCGGCCACGGCAGAAGGGUCCGAGGACGACUUCAUCGCCGAGAUGAUGAAGGCCAUGAAAGAUAUGCCCGGGGGCGGCGAGGGCGGCGAGGAAGACUUCUCGAAGCUGCUGAUGGGCAUGAUGGAGCAACUCACUAACAAGGAGAUUCUCUACGAGCCCAUGAAAGAGCUGAAUGACAAGUACCCCGGGUGGAUGGAGAAGAACAAGGCCACGCUAGCGAAGGACGAUCUCAAGCGAUACGAAGAACAGCAAGGUCUCGUCGCUGAAAUGGUCGCCAAGUUCGAGGAGCCGACAUACUCUGACGCAAAGGCGGCAGACAGGGAGUACAUAGUGGAUAGGAUGCAGAAGAUGCAAGCAGCGGGGUCGCCGCCCCAUGAUCUAGUCGGAGAUAUGCCCUCGGCCAAGGAGGUCCUUGAUGCCCCGGAUGAGUCCUGCGCGCCACAGUGAAAUGAGAAACAUUAUGAGCCUCUUGUGAGGGAAAUUUAUACAUUUGGAUUUCACGGUCUUCAGAGACCGCUACGCCAUGUGCGAUAUU